UGGCACGGCGUUGACAACCACAAAGUUGAGACCACAUCUGUGGCUUCAUCCUUCAUCCCUGCACGCCUGGGUACUACUGUUCUACGUUGACCAUCAUGCAGAGGGUCCGGAUUUUACAUCCACUACCAAAAAACAAAAAAAAAGGCAACUGCGUGCACUGCGGGGGAUCGGUCAAAAAUCUUCAGCUCGUCUCAAAUCCUGCCGACAGUAACAUAAUGCGCAUGCAGCACGGAGACCCCGCUUCAGUUUGGGUUUUCUAUUCUGUCCCCCUUCAGCUGCUACCUGUUCAUGGUUCGCAUAAUUGAGUUCAGUAUUGAUCGAUAGUGGUGUGUACGUAUACUCAAGAAUACCCAAACCCCCCAAGACCCUCCGGCCCCCGCAACUCGUUUGAAGACAUCGUUUUAUUAUUACUGCGUUCAUCCAGUCAAGGAUUCAAACUUUCCCUCCAGUCAAUUCUUCAACCACUAUCACAGUCAUGGCUCCAUCUACGCUGUCGAAGCUGCUGCUUCUUCCUCUGACCUUUUGGCUUGUCAAUGCCGCUUGUCCAGCAGCUCUAACCGCAGCCCCCGCCCAGCCUGAGGUUGUUGGUGCGCUUGAUGAAGCUGUGUGUCCUGAAGACCAUAGCAAAGCAGUUGUAGGAGCGGAUGGGACACACUAUCUGUUGCAGUGUUGCGCGAAAAGGAGUACAGGCGCCACGUACCUCGGGCAAUCCUCAAGUGUACCCUCAAAAAGGGGCUGUCUUGAGCGCUGUGAGAAAGUCGACAAAUGUAAUAGUGUCGAAUACGAUAACGAUUCGAAAACGUGUGUCUUUUUCGAUGGGCCAAAUUUCUCCACCGAGGAAGCUGGUGGCCCCACGCACGACUGGCUGUAUUUCAUUGAUCCUCCUGCACAGCCAGCAGUCCACAAUAUCACCCAUAUGUGUUCCACCGAUUGCCCGGCGGCGCAUGGUCAGAAAUACGUGUCCGAAUAUGGCGAGCUCUUCCACAUGGAAUGCGGUAAACGGCAUGGAACAGUCCCCUUUAGGGAGGAAGAAAAACUCACCUAUCGUGACUGCCUUGACGGCUGUGCGAAGCUUCCCAAGUGCCUCAGCGUUGACUGGUCGAGCCGGACGAAGAUGUGCUAUUACGGGACGCACUCAGGAGCUGCCCCGGUUUCGGCGCCCGCGUACAAUAGCGCCUACUCAUUUGGAUGUGCCGGGGCUUGUGAGAAGGAUAUGAAGGAAGCUUGCGGGUGUGGAGGUAGGAGUACACCCGUCACCGCGUAGAACCCAGUAAUCUAUUGCAGGGGAAUAGCGUACAAAUUAGUACUUUUCUUUCGGUUUUCGUCAUCGAUUGUAUGUCGAAGUGCUUUGGGAUCCAACACCGCGAAAUUGUUUUAGCCCACUUUUGGAAUGAUAUCUGACACUCGUAUCCGUCAUUCUACAUGGCGGCGGCGACGAACAAUAGAUGUUGUGGUUUCCUCAUCACCACUGUGGUUAGCCGUAGCCGUGGUCCUCGCAUUCGUCCCACCAUAGCCUGCUAGUAAAUAAUAUUCA